AUGGCUCGCCCCAAGAAGCAAGUUGUUGAGAAGCAACAGCAGCAGCAACAGCCUGCUCCCGUUCCUAUCCCUCCUCAGCACAUUCAGCAAUACCCUCAGCACCCGCAGCCCAUUGCCGCUGUUCCUCAGCCUGCGAUGCCCAUGCCCAUGCCUCCUCCUGUUGGAGUUCCUCAACCUCAGGCUGUUAUGCCUCAACGCGUCGUUGAGGCAGAUAGCUUUCUGCGCGUGAGAGAUUCGGCUGUUGGGCGAUUGACUACUAUUCUUGAGCUUCUCCGAUCUUUCACUGCCGACUAUGUUCGCCAGACAAAUCUUUUGCUUGGUGAGCCCACUGCCGAAGGCUCGCAGGACAACCUCCUCGCCAACUUCGAGCAUGCCGCUCAACAGCUGAUUAUGCCCAUUCCUGAGCUGGCUCCUCCUGUCGAGGAGAAGAAGGAGCGCAAGAAGCGAACCAUUGAUCCUAACGCGCCCAAGCGACCUUUGACUCCUUACUUCCUCUACAUGCAGCAUGCUCGAUCCAUCAUCGCUAAUGACCUUGGUUCUGAGGCCCCCAAGGGUGCCGUUCAAGAGGAGGGCCAACGUCGUUGGGCUCACAUGGGUCCCCAAGAGAAACAGGGCUGGAACAAUGCUUACCAGUACAACCUCCGUUUGUACAAUGCCCGUGUUCAUUCUUACAAGCACGGUAACCCUCUGGCCAAGAACAUGACUGAUGAGGAGGCCUUGAAGUACGCCGAGGACUUCAACGUCCCCAUGUCUGAGAUCAAGGACGCUGCUCAGAACGAAGCACCUGCCGACGAUCAGGAUGCCAUUGCUGAACAGCUCCAAGCUGUGGCUGCGGCUCCCGCUAUUGACGAGCCUGAGCAGGCUGAGACCCCUGCUAAGACGCCUAAGAAGGCCACUGGCGGCCGUAAGCGCAAGACAGCCACACCUGCUGCCGCCGCUGAGGAAGCCAAGCCUGCCCCCGCUAGCCCUGACAAGAAGCGACGACGCACAUCUACCAAGGCUGCCGCUGCCGAACCCCAGGAGGAGCCUAAGAAGUCGGGUCGCAAGAAGACUAAGAGUUCUUGA